AUGGGCUUUGAAAAGCCUGAUCGAAUUUCUUGUCUGCUUUGGAUCGCUCUGCUGUUGGCAUGGGAUGUUGCAGCGUUUUUGCCGCGAGCCAACGUUGCGUCCAGAUGUGUGUACUUGCCGGACCGAGCAGCAAGCACUUGCCUUGGAAGUACCACGAGCGGAGACGAGGAGGAUGGCAAGGCCACACUGAACUUUCUGGUUGAGCUCAACCUAUCGUCAGAUCCGCUGCCACAUUCGACGACCAAGGAAGAAGUGUCGGGAUUUCUAAAGGAUCCAGAGACUAGAAAGUUGAUGCUCAGUGCAGCAGGAUCACGAGAGGUCGACGAAGUACCGUUGAACUCCGAGCUAGAAAGUCUCUGGAAAGAAUGUUGCAAAGAAGAGUAUGGUGAGAAUCUGUUGCCUGGAGAAGGAGAUUGUAUUUUGGCAACUACUACGGUCACCAAGCUACCAGGAGUUAGCCUCAACAACAAGAUUUACAACGGUGUAAAACAAUUCACAGACGAAGAAACAGGAAUUCCCAAAUUCACGUUCAUGAUGGUGGGAGAAGAGCAGUCGGCACGCGGCCCUCUUGUUUGGAUUUUUAACAAGUUGACUGGCAAGAAGGAAGAGGAGGAGGCAUCAUUGAAACCGAGCGGUUUUGCUGCAAGCCACGUUUCUGUGGUGCAAGACGAGGACGGGAAUUUGGCUUUCAACUACGACGCAACAAUCAAAAUUACUGUAAAGUUUCCGGCUACUUUGCUCAAGAUUCUACCCACCACCAAGGAAAAGGCAGAGGCAUCGGCUAGUGCCUCUAUUGGCAAGGGCAUUCGAAAGGAUGUGGAAAAGGGAAACAAAGGUGUCUACGAUGCGUUCAUUGAAUUUCAAAAACAACAAUAA